UGUGCUGUUCUGACAGGAGUCUCAUUUCAGAGUGAACCUUGAGGAUUGGGCUCUGCCUUUAGGCUGGAAGCAUUCACAUCUCCCUUCACCCAACCCAAAGAUGCCUCUGCUUCCUGGGGCUGCUCCACGGUUGCCUCUCCAGCCAGCGAGUCCUGACCUCACCCGCCUUUAGACACCUGCUAUGUGGAUGAGGAACACUGUGGGUGAGAGACAACACAACGCCAGAGCCUCGGUUUCCCCCCAAAGGAGAGAGAGACAGGGAGGAUGGUGGAUUACCCAGGCUACAGUCUGCCCGGCGUGGCUGCCUCCUUGCUCUUCCUUCUGCUGACUGUGAAGCACCCAGAUGACUUCAGAGUAGUGGGGCCUGCCCUUCCCAUCCUGGCCAAAGUCGGGGAAGAUGCCCUGCUAACAUGUCAGCUCCUCCCCAAGAGGACAGCGGCGCACAUGGAGGUGCGGUGGUACCGCUCCGACCCCGACACGCCUGUGAUUGUGCACCGGGACGGAGCCGAGGUGGCCGGGCUACAGAUGGAGGAAUACAGAGGCAGGGUGGAGUGGACAGAGGACAGCACUCACGAGGGAAGUGUGGCCCUGAAGAUCCACCAGAACCAGCCAGGUGACGAUGGGCAAUACUGGUGCCGCUUCCAGGAAGGGGACAACUGGAAGGAGGCAAGCGUGCUGCUCCGAGUGGCGGCCCUAGGAUCUUCUCCAAACAUCCACAUGGAGGGACCUGGAGAAGGAGGGAUCCAGCUUGUAUGCACGUCCCAGGGCUGGUUCCCUGAGCCUGAGGUCUAUUGGGAGGCCACGUGGGGAGAAGAGAUGUUGAGUUUCUCUCAGAAUCACGUGCUGGGUGAAGACGGGCUGUUCUAUGUGGAAGACACACUAGUGGUCAGGAACGAUACUUCAGAGACCUAUUCCUGCUUCAUCUACAGCCGUGGCCUCGAAGAGGCCAAGGAGGCCGCCUUUGCCCUGCCAGAGAAACUCCAGACAGAGCUGGCUUCCGCAAGGGUGAUUGGACCUUCCCAGCCCAUCCUUGUCCGAGUCGGAGAGAACAUAGAAAUAACGUGUCACCUGUCACCUGAAGCUGACGCCCAGAGCAUGGAGGUGAGGUGGGUCCGGUCCCACUACUACCCCGCAGUCCACGUGCAUGUGGGCGGGUCCCACUCGGCGGGAGAGCAGAUGGCGGAAUACAGAGGGAGGACUGUGGUGAUGAGAGAUGCCGUGCACGAGGGAAAGCUGACCCUGCGGAUCCACGAUGCCCGAACUUCAGAUGAUGGGAAAUACCGGUGCCUUUUCGGAAAAGACGGUGUCUACCAGGAGGCCCGUGUGGAUGUGCAGGUGAUGGCGGUGGGCUCCACCCCGCGGAUCACCCAGGAGGUCCUGAAGGAUGGAGGCUUGCAGCUGAGAUGUACAUCAGAUGGGUGGUUCCCACAGCCCCAGGUGCAAUGGAGGGACAGAGGCGGAAGGGCUGUGCCAUCGUUUUCCGAGGCCUUUCAUCAAGGGAGCCAGGGGCUGUUCCAGGUGGAGACGCUUCUGCAGGUCACAAACGGCUCGGUGGUGAAUAUGACCUGCUCCAUCAGCCUCCCUUGGGGCGAGGAGAAGGCUGCAUGGUUUUCCCUCUCAGACUCCAGGAUAGCUCUGCUGUGGAUGGCCCUGCCCGUUCUGCUGCUGCCUCUUGCCAUGGCUGUUGACCUGCUGAAGGCGAAGCACCCUCGGAAAGGCAAGGGCAUCUCACCUUCCAGCCCCACAGAGCUGCUUCCUGAGGCUCUUGUUGGUCCCUCCCACCCUGUGUUCCUGCACGCCCAGGCCUUAGACCAUGUCCUCGCACCCCAGACCAUGAGUGCGGACCAGAAACACCACAGCAAUCAGCAACAUCUCAGGAAUGACGGAAGCCACACGAGGACUUCCCUCUGACAAGAGGCUCUGAUUAAAAAAAAAAAAAAAUGCACCACAGAGUGGGGGAGUACCACGCAAGCCAGGUGCACUCCACUUUCUGAAUACCCCAUCUUUCCCUUCAAUGAGCCUCACCUGCUGUUGUCCAAAGGGUUCUCCAUGGAGCAGGACCCACUCGUGUUGGUCACAGUGAGGGACCCCUCUACCAGAGUCUGCCCAUCAUCAUCUCGGCACAGUGAUGGCAUCUUCCCUCCCUUUGCGUCCUUCUGCUGUCCCUCAGGCUGGGGACCAUCCCUCACCUGUGCACAGCAGUUUUAUGCCAUCACCUUCUAGAUCCAUAUGAGGAUAUAAGAAGGGGAACCUAGAUCUGGAGAGAAAUGCCACUUGUCUGAGGCCUGGGUGGUUUUUCUAGAAAUGUCCGAUCCAGAAGCUCCAGAGGGACAAAGCCCUUCAACUGCAGGUGGGAGGAGAGGGUUUCUUUUCUUUUUCCAUGAGAUGAAGCACCUGACUGUGAGUCACAGUCACAGAAGACCUGGCACCUACACUACAGAUCAGAGCAAGGGCUGGAGAAGUAGCUCAGCUGUUAAGAGCACUAAAUGUUCUUGCAGAGGACCUGAGUUUGAUUCCCAGCACCCAUAUGGCAGCUCACAACCGUCUAUAACUCCAGUUCCAGGAGACCUGAUGUCCUUUUCUAGCCUCUGAGGGCAGCGGACACACACACA